ACUAAGACAUAAGUCUUUGGACGUCUCGUGGCGUUAUUACGGCAACGGGAAUCAUCCUAGCACGGAAUAACAUUAACAGGUACAAAUCGUUGAAGAUGUAAACUUUCCCGCAAUGGGGGUGAAAAUGAACAGUUGACGUGGAUAAACCGACGUCGUAUCAUUCAAUGAAUCCAGAAACGCCGAAAGAGUUUAAUUUUUACAUCAAAGUUUGCAUGAAUUUUAGCAUCAAAGUUUUUCGUGAUUUUUACAUCAAAUUUUUUCUUGAAUUUUUACAUCAAGGUUACAAGAAGCACCGUCCAGCGGAAUGAGAAUAAGUAGAGUCCCUUUUAAGAACUUAUGUUAAUAAAAAUGGAAAGAUAACCCGGGAUUUAUUAAAAGGAGCUUGAUCGGACAUAAUGCAAACUAUAUAUGUGGAACAUGGUAGGAAACAAACAACACACCCUCUUAGAAUUAAAGCAACCAGGUCAUCGCAUCCGGGUGUUUUAAAAAAAAUCAAAAUUCCAUGUAUUUUACAAAGGAUUUUAACUGAUAUUUUCCAUCUUUCGGAAAUGAAGGCCACAAAAAUGUAAAUUCCUUUUUUAAUAUUCUGAUAACUGUGAUUCAAAUUACCGAAAACCUUGCUUUCCCACGGUACCGUUUCAUCUCCCACGGCACAAUCGGGGUAGUGUCAUAUUCCAGUCUCAUGAUUCUUUGGAAUGCCGCAUUAUUUCGUUAAACCAGGGUUAGGUUGUUCAAUUAUGUCAGUCUCAUUUCAUCCCUCGAUCAACCCUUAGGCUUCGCACAAAACAGUCAUCGUGAAUGAAUAAGGCUUAUACUCAAGAAAAGCUUCACAACCAGGGCCCGCGCCACAAGGGGGCGGGUAUGGCCAUGCCCCCCACUUUUUUCCGAAGGAAGUAGUUCUACGGCUGCAGAAAAAGGGGUAAGGUGCCUUGGCCCUUUACUUUUUCUAGCCUGCCCCCCCCCCACUUUCAAACUCGUGGCUUGGGCCCUGAUAACUGCCAUGAACAAUUAUUUAUAUUCAGAUCAUAAAUUUAUGGAUAAAAAAUAGACCUUCCUACAUGUAUAUUAAAGUAUAUUAGAGAUUUAUUAGAAAAUUUGCCAUAGCUGUUUGAAAAGAAGAGAAAUUUCGUAGUUGAAAGUAAAUCUUAGUGAACUUAGAAAUCUAAUUGGUUUCUUAUAUAAAACUACGAACAAUAGUUGCAAAAUUUUUCAAGUGUUUCCCUUAUUGAUCUUUAUAAAUGCCAUUACCAACUUUAACAUGCUAAGCUUUAUUGAUAAAAAACUUAUUUAUGAUUUUAUAAAUUGAUAGCAAAAUAACGAUGAAUUUAUAUAGCGCCCUUACUUCUAUCGAAAUGCACGAUCAUUCUUGUAAACUGAAGGAAGAAGAUGAAAUUUAUCGACCAUAGUUGCUGUUUUUUUCAGGGGCUCUUUGGCAGGGUUUUUUCUAAGUGGGCCAAUGCCCCCAUCGAUUUAUGUGAUGUCAUUUCCUUGAAUUUUUUACCCAAGUUUACACAGCAAACUCUCGACAUCUGAACAGAGCCGAAGAAUUAAGCUGCUCUUGCCUUUGUUUCCUCGGUAUGUUUGGCAUGUUUGAGAGAUCUUCUGCACCGUCAUUCUUUUUUGGCUCUUGCCUUUGGUAAACUGAAUGUUUUAAGCCGCAAUGUUUAGCAGCCAUUUAGAACCGCAAGCCAUUGACAAGUUUUUCUCGAUCAACUUAACGCUAAAUGAAGAUGUUUAUGCAUAAAAAAGUGUCAUUGCGAUGUUACGAAAUAUCAGCUGUCAAAUAUAUUUUGACUCGGGAAAUUUACUUUUAGGUUGUAGUUAGGUUUUAUGUCUGAUUCGAAUGAUCUAUACUUCGUUUCCUUCUGUUUACUUCAUAGUGCGCUGCUUCUAAGAACUUGUAGGAAGUGCUUCUUUUCAAAUGAAACGAACAUUGAAGAGACCCAGAAAAUUUAUUCAGUUUUACGGGUAUUCCUUAAAUUGAGGGAUUUAUUAACUAGGUCAAAGGGACAGUUACGUCUUUUGAUUGUUACCCCGGGAUUUUCGUGAUACGUCUCCAUCAAAAAAUUCCGCGAAAGCCUAGCCUCGUUUUAGGCACGAAAUCAUUAUCAAAGCAGGAUGAUAACAAAGUUAUGGCCGAAGUUGACAGAAGAUGUUUGCUAGUUUCAGCGGAAGGAAUCUGUCUUGUCUUUGUGCUACAGUGUGUGUUGUUGAGAUGCUCGUCCUGUCCAACUUCUACACAGUAUUAUGCAGUUCAUUCCAAAGCUUCUAUAUUUGUACGGGGCCUAAGCCAAAACAACAUGGACUGUUCCUUCAAUAUCGCACGUGGCAAUGGAUUUGGGGAAGAUUAUUUUCUCGAAUUAAAAUGGAUAGAUCUUACUGUGCCAGAUAAAAUGCCAAGCUGUGAAGAGUCGUACAUCGAGGUUUUUUUAACGAGGUCCUACAACAGUUUGGGAAGAAUUUGUACAAGCAAUAUAGUUAACACUUGGUAUGUAUUCACGAUGUAUUCAUAUGAUGGAAAUGCAGAAAUUAAAUAUCAUGUUGGAAAAGAAGCACAAAACUUUAAAUUCCAUUUGCAAAUCAAGCUACGAAGCAGAAAAACUGAGUAUCUUGGUUCUGGAGUCAAGUGCUACAAUGCAAGAUUGACCCGUGGCUCUGGAAAUUUGUUCUCAUCAGGGUGGCCAAGAAGAGGCUAUAAUUUUAGUUCACCUCCUUGUACACAUGAAAUUGAGCCUAAUUCAGUUUCUGAGACCAGACUCUAUUUUAUGGAUAUCAGCCUGAAACGACAGUUCUCUGGCUGUGAUAGCAAUGAUAUUUUGGUCAUUAAAGGUGCAGAAAAUCAUGAAUCAUAUGAAAAAAGCACAACCAUCAGGAAGGCGAUUUGUGGCGACAAAUCCUUGUUAACUUUAACAGUGCAACACACGAAGGUCUAUGUCCGAUUUAUAAGACAUAUACGAGGGAAGAAUUACAAUGCGAGAGGAUUUGUUGCUGGAUACUUGAGUUAUGAAAUAGAAGAGAGCUCUAUGAAGUCGGUAAUGAUAGCACUUGUUGUUUGCUUGUUCGUGGUUUUGGCAAUGCUUAUCGCUGCUUGCUGUUGGUACCGUGUCAUCAGAAUUAGGAGGCGUAGGCACCAAAGUGCGGUCCCUUCAAAUGAAGAUGCCACAUUAAGGGUAACGCAGGAGCCUGGAAACAACAAUAGAGAAGAAUCCUGUGUCGCAUAUGUGUUUGCCCUGCCACCGUAUUCUGCCGAAGAUCCAUUCCCAAGAUCACAGGAUCACUUACCUCCUCCUUAUAACGAGACAAAUCUCAACGAAACGCAGUCCACAGAAAAUUGAAAGACUUUUUCGACAUAGAUUCAUCAUAGAAAGUCAUUUUGCUCUACAAGAAAUCAUAUAUCCAACUACAAAAUAGAAGCAGAUUCCUAUACAGCUAUACAGUUUUUGGUGAUAAAAACAACACAGAAUAUUGUGCCUGACAUUUGUAUAUUCAUCCCGUACUCUAAAACCCAGUGGCGGCGCCAAGUGGGGUAUGGAGGGUAAUUACCCCCCCUCCACUUUGUCAAAAGAUGGUCUCCAUAUUUCUUCUAAAACUGGAUUAAAAAGUGCUAGGUACUUAAACAACACAAAAGAGGAGUGGACUUACUGGCCACGCCAAUUACCCUCCGACUUUGUAGUUGCAGGCGCCGCCACUGCUAAAACCGUUUAUGUAUAAUAAUGAACCCUGUAUAUAACUAUGUACUUUCAAAAUUUAAUGAAUGCAAAUUGUAGUUAGUAGAAUUGAAUGGAGAAAAUGUUAGUGUAAUAUAGUUAUAUAAUGAUUUAGUCAGUUUUGCAAUUUUAGUUGUUGUCAAUAUAUUUUUGUAGUGUCUCAAAGUGCCCUUUCUCCUCUACUCCUCCUCGAUAUAUGUGGCUUCCUCCCGUAUGAUCAUGCAGUAUGGAUAUUUCAAGUCUUUGCUGGACAUUGGCUGUUUUAAAAAAAUCAAACUAUAUCCGCCAUUCCUCGAAAAUAUUAUCGAAUGUGUUAUAUCCUUAAAAAUUCACUAACUGGGUAUUGACAGCGUGCACACAGACCGGUAGUGUAACGUUAAAAAACUGGCCAAGAACUUAAUACGCAAGUUCCGUAGAUCGUGUUUCACCUUAUACACCUGUUUUUCCUUUAAAUCGUAGAAACUCUUGUUCAAGACUUCGUUUGAUACUAACAGGAUAGCCAACCGCGGUUCUAUUUCCUAUGUAUUUACUCUGCUCUGUUAGAAUCGACCUAUUGUGCAUUUUUAAUCAGGUAAAUAAUUCAUGCCACUUAGUCAAUCAAUAGUUAUAAUUGGGCUUCGGUACUUUAUUACCAACAGAGUUUAUUCCAUCUAAAUUUUAUUAUAGUAAUGUUAUCAAAAUUUCAUCAGGUCAUUUAUUAAUGAAGUAUUUGGAUCCCCCAUAAUAGCUUGCUCUUUUCUAAUCUUGCAAACAUACCUGAACCCUUUAUCUAACGGUAAUUUGACACCCUUGGUGGUAUGGCAGACCACCUUCUAGAGCUGAAAUGGGAACUCGAUGUGGUUUAACAAAUGAUAUGCUCUUUUGUGAAACAUUCUGCAAAAUAUUUCAAUCUUCCUUUAGUAUUUCACUGGGAAUUUUAACAGAGCUGGUUCAUUAACCUCCAGCAACCUAGAAUCCUUUAAUGUUGGAAAACCUGCUACUUUCUGUUUUGUUCUUUGAAGGGCUGUUGCAUUUUCGUGAGUGGUUUUUAUAUCAAUAUUUCUUGUAUAUAGACAUUUCUUAUAUGAAUGUUUUUAAGUUAUUUAGAAAAUAAACUUUGGCACCAUUGAUAUUUUAUUUUCUUGUUGACGUGCUUUCAAUUUUUGUUCUGUAUAUUUUACUUGAUAAAUUGCAUUCUGUGUUUGGUGACGUAUGUUUAUAAGAACGUUGGACGGUUAAAAGAAUUCAUUCACUUUCUGA